AUGGAAUUAAACAAUGGUAAUGUAAUCAGGAAUGAUACAACUGUUGCAGCAAUUACUAUUCUAACAUCAUCAAUUCCGGAUGUGUUAAAAGAAUUAACAAUUGAACCAAGUUGCUAUGUUAUUGAUACGGAUCAUUUGGUUGAACGUUUAUGGCUUGUAGCAGUUCUUGGUUCAACACUUAGCACUAUCAGUAUUGUUGAAAAUGCUUUCCUAUUUAUGAUUUUUAUCACCAGUAAACAGCAUCGUCGUAGUCAUUCGCUAUAUUUAUUGCUUCUUGCAUUUACUGAUAUAUUCAUUAGUUUAACUUACAUACUGAUAAUGUCUGUUAAAGUACUCUAUCAAUACAAUGAAUGGAUUUUCAUGAAAAAAAUCUGGAUAGCAUAUGUAGUACCAAUGAUGACAAUGUCGCAUGUUGCUAUAACCGCCUCAUCCUUUCUUAUCGUUUUCGCUACCAUAGAAAGAUUCUGUAUCACCGUUUCGAGUCAUUAUGUCGAAUUUUUGCAGAAUAAUCGUUGCUAUAUUGCUUUGAUUGCUGUAAUAAUUGGUGUAGUCACUAAGGGUACAUUAAUACUUGAACUUAAGCCAAUUCAUGAUUUGAGUUGUAUUGGGACACUUAAUGAAUAUCGAUUAGAGAUAACAGCAUUGGUGAUUCACAAUAAACAUUAUAAACUAUUCCGUUUUUGGUUCCGAAAUAUUGUUACUAUUCUAUUUCCGUUUUUCACAUUAUUGUUCCUAAAUGUUCGAAUUGUCAAUGAACAUAGGAAAAAUUUUCUCGUCGGAAAGUAUAAUAUGGAAUCAGCGAUUGCUAAAGAGCGAAAAGCUCGAAUUCGAGCAGCUACACGAACUUUAAUGCUUGUUGUAUGCACUUAUCUUCUGGCAAAUAUGCUUAGUGUAAUUAUAACAAUUUGGGAGCACACCGAUGAAACAUCACUCUUUAGCAACUUCUUGGAUUUCUAUAUCUUCAGCGUUGAUGCAGUAUCAUUAUUAACCAUUGUAGCAUGUGUUUUACGGUUACCCAUCUAUGCAAGUUGUCAACCAGCGCUUCGUGCUGAAAUGAUUUAUUUUGCAAAAGCAUACUGUAGGAGGCACGAAGAUAUGUAA